UUCAUAAACAAGUGCGAUCUUAUCAAUUCUCAGUUUAUUGUUAGAUAUGAAGCUAGUUACAUCAACGCUAGUAAUUAUACUAGGGACUCUCCUACAGCUGGUAGUCGGGAACGUGAUAAAAUUAAACCCUGCCACACUUGAAAAACAUUUCUUGGGAAAUUCUGUUGACUGGUCAGACUUUAUUGAGGAGGUGGAAAAUAAUGGUGAACCUGGAGAAUAUCUGGACUUUCCAAAUUAUUCAGAGGAUAAACAUGCUAAACCUCCACAAGAGAUAAUUACAGAUGCUGGUUACCCCUGUGAGACCCAUACUGUUGUUACAGAUGACGGAUAUAUUCUAAAUAUGCACAGAAUUCCACACUCAAGAGACACGGGUUAUAACAAGAGUAGACCUACUGUAUUCCUUCAGCAUGGUCUUCUUUCAUCUUCAGCUGAUUGGGUGAUCAUGGGACCAGGUAUUCUAUUGUCGUAUAUGCUUACUUAUUAAAGGAAAUAAAUCUAA